ACUUACAAGAUCAUGCGUUUUCCAUGGCAGAUGAGCAAAGCGAAAGUGCAGCAGGUUCUCACGGAUGCCCUGAAGGUUUGGAGUGAUGUCACGCCUCUGACUUUUACAGAAAUUAGCGAAGGACGGGCGGACAUUAUCAUCGAUUUCACAAGGUACUGGCAUGGUGACAACCUCCCCUUUGAUGGCCCUGGUGGGAUUCUGGCCCAUGCCUUCUUCCCCAGGACGCACAGGGAAGGAGAUGUCCACUUCGACUAUGACGAGACCUGGACAGUUGGGAACAACAUGGGUACGGACCUACUUCAGGUGGCGGCUCACGAGUUUGGCCACGUUCUGGGGCUGCAGCAUUCCCUGGAGCCGGGCGCAGUGAUGUCACCCUUCUACAGCUUUUCGUACCCACUGACGCUGAGCGAGGACGACAAGCGUGGGAUCCAGUACCUGUACGGCCUGCCUCCCCGCCUGGCCCCGCCCCAAACCACCACUGAGACCAAUGAGAUCAUCCUAGCAGUGAGUAGUGACACUCCCACUCAACACUUCAACCAGCCGGACGCCUGCGAGACUAACUUUGACGCAGUGUCGAUGAUCCGGGGCGAGCUCUUCUUCUUCAGGUCACGCUAUGUGUGGCGCUUCAGGAACGGACGGCUGCAGGAGGGCUACCCUGCGCUGGCAUCGCGUCACUGGAGGGGCAUUCCAGAGCACAUCGAUGCUGCCUUUGAAGACGGGUCUGGGAAUAUCUGGUUCUUUCAAGGUCAUAGCUACUGGAUCUACGAUGGGGAAAGGCAGGUUUCAGGGCCCAACUCGGUACAAAGCUUGGGGCUGCCGGUCUCCGAUAUCCAGGCAGCUCUGAUGUGGGGCCCCGAGAAGAACAAGAAGAUUUACUUCUUCAAGAGCGGCAGCUACUGGCGCUUCAACCCUGCCAUGGAGCGAGUGGAUGAGGUGUACCCACGCAGCAUCCUGGACUGGAGGGGAAUCCCCAUGGAUAUCGACGCAGCUUUCCAGGACAGCUACGGGUACGCCCACUUUCUUCAGGGCAGCCAGUACUGGAAGUUUGACCCAGUGGCUGUGAAAGCACUGGAGGGAUACCCUCGUCUGAUUGGACAGGAUUUCUUUGGUUGCCGUGGCUCACCUAACGACUAACGAUAAGAACAUCUCAAGAGAUGUCCUGAGAGAUUGACAUUUUAUAACAAAUGGGUACUGGUACUAGUCUUUGAAUCUUUACCUAAAUGAUCUGAAGUGACCUGUUUCAUUGGGGGGGGGGGGGGGCAUUGUCAACGGAUUGAGACCCAUCUUAUUUGUGACAGGCCAGCACACGAGGUCUUCUUUUCACCUGCCACAUCUGGUAACAUGUUAUCCUUACUGGUACUUCUAAAAAGGGAGAAGCUGAUAUAACAGUACUCUAUAACUCAAGGUGCUUAAUUCAUUUGGAUAAAACAUUCAUCCUUGUUUUUUAAAUCUGUAAAACUGCUUAAAAUCUUUGAGGCAAAAAUAGACACAACAUUUUUGUGGAAA